AUGAGUGGAAGCCAUCAUAUUGCAUAUUCCCAAAGUUGCUUGAAGAUAGGUCAUGAAUGUGAUCUGAAGAAGAACCCUGAAAAGAGUAUACCUCAAGACAAACAAAAUAAAGAAACUACUAAGGACAUCGAUGAUGUGAGGACCCCUACCCCAGAAAAAUCAGAUGCAGACUGGACCCAUAUCACUACAGCAAGUAAAGUGCAAAGAAGCAGGAAAGGUAUGACUCCUACACAUAAAAUUGCAUUGGUCGAUUUUCAAAACUCACUUACUCCCCUAAGGAUUGGAGAUUUUUCUAAGGGAGAAAACCAUCUUGACCCAUGA